UUUGUCCAAAGAGAAACAUGUACGGUUUAAUCUUGGAAAAUCUGGCCGAAUACAUAAGGCAGGUUUAUGGCGAAGAUAGAUGGGAGGAGAUUCGCAGACAGGCAUCUGUGGACCAGCCGAGUUUCAGUGUUCAUCAAGUUUAUCCGGAGAACCUGAUACCAAGAUUGGCAAAAAAAGCAAUUCAGGUACUCGGCGUGACGGAAAAGGAGUUCUUCGACCAAAUGGGCGUACACUUCGUAGGAUUCGUCGGUCAGUACGGUUACGAUCGCGUGCUCUCGGUACUGGGACGACAUGUGAGGGACUUCCUCAAUGGCCUGGAUAAUCUCCACGAGUAUCUCAAGUUCUCCUACCCGAGGAUGCGAGCGCCGUCGUUCAUCUGCGAAAACGAAACGCGUCAAGGUUUGACUCUUCAUUAUCGAAGCAAACGUCGGGGGUUCGUCUAUUAUACGAUGGGCCAGAUAAGGGAAGUGGCUCGACACUUUUAUCACAAAGAUCUGCAGAUCGAGCUGGUGCGCGAGGAAGUGCUGUUUGACACCGUGCACGUGACCUUCCAACUCACUUUCGACAAUCGCGCCUUCACGCUCGCCUCACUGGCGAUGACUCGUGAGGAGAAGCACCUGCCGAUCGGGGCGUGCGUGCUCUUCGAGAUAUUUCCCUUCUGCAUCGUCUUUGGCUCGGAUAUGGUAGUUAGAAACAUCGGCAAUUCAUUAAUGGUCAUAUUACCAGAUCUGGUAGGCAAGAAAAUCACAUACUUCUUUGAUUUGGUUCGACCGCUUAUCGCGUUCAAAUUUCAAUCGAUAUUGAAUCGAACGAAUAACAUCUUUGAGUUGGUUACUGUUGAACCAGUGCUUACGGAACGAUUGAAUGACCGGCACAGAAAUGAAAUUUUCUUAAGUGACGAACUUGAAGUCGUAGAAGAUAAAACUUUACGGUUAAAAGGUCAAAUGAUAUACAUGGAUAAUUGGAAAAUGAUGAUGUAUCUUGGUACACCAGUCAUGCCCGAUCUAAACGCUUUAAUAGCGACAGGCCUUUACAUAAAUGAUCUCUCGAUGCAUGAUUUCAGCCGAGAUCUCAUGCUAGCUGGGACUCAACAGUCCGUGGAGCUGAAAUUAGCGUUAGAUCAAGAACAGCUUAAGAGUAAAAAGCUGGAGGAAUCCAUGAGAAAAUUGGAUGAGGAAAUGAAACGUACCGAUGAAUUAUUGUAUCAGAUGAUUCCUAAACAGGUCGCGGAUCGUUUGAGAAAUGGUGAAAGUCCGAUUGAUACUUGCGAGAUGUUCGACAGCGUGUCGAUCUUAUUUUCGGAUGUGGUGACCUUUACUGAGAUUUGUAGUAGAAUCUCCCCUAUGGAAGUUGUGUCCAUGUUGAAUGCCAUGUAUUCGCUGUUUGAUACUUUGACCGAGAGAAAUCGAGUGUACAAGGUCGAAACUAUAGGUGAUGCUUACAUGGUAGUCUCUGGUGCGCCGGUAAAAGAAAACGAUCAUGCGGAUCGCGUAUGCGAUAUGGCUCUCGAUAUGGUCGAGGCAAUAACCGAUCUCAAGGAUCGUUCGACAGGUAAUCAUCUUCAGAUACGCGUUGGCAUUCAUAGCGGUGCGGUCGUGGCCGGGAUCGUUGGCUUGAAGAUGCCGCGAUAUUGUCUUUUUGGCGAUUCCGUUAAUACGGCAGCUCGUAUGGAAGCAACUAGCCAGGCUAUGCAGAUACACAUAUCUGAAUCCACACGGGAAUUGCUAUCGCCCUCGUACAAAGUUAAAGAACGCGGAGAAAUCGAGGUCAAAGGAAAAGGUACGAUGAAGACCUAUUGGCUGGAGAAGCGAGAAAAGCGUUCCGUCAUGACUAAGGGUAUUACUAUACAGGAACCCCAUCAAUGGCAUACGAGAAGCUUCGAGAAAAGGAUUUCCACAGUGGGCGCGAUAGGUCUGAUGAUAAGUCCAGGCAUGUAUGACAAGUCAACUUCGAGAGACGUACCGUCGAGACGAGGUUCGUCGAAGAUGUCAUCCCCGACGCCACCGGGGUCCUCGGGAUUUUUUUCCGAAGAAAGAAGAAUAUACUCCCCCAUUACUUUUCACGAUGUCGCGAGACGAUCAGUCGCCAACUCGCCAACGAAGAACAUGGAAAUUCGAGAGUGUCGAUCGAAUUCUAUGGGCGCGAUGGGCGUCAAGAAUGUCUCCGAUAUGUUCAGUUCUCUCCUGAGCGACACGGAGGAGCACUUUCGGCAGCAUCGGGACAGUUUGUCGCCGCGUGCAGAAAAUCGAUCGGCUAGCGUGCAUAUGAAACCGGAAGUGAAGAUCAAUACCGUCUCGUCCUCGUCUUCGCAGAGCUCCGAGGACGAGUCAAAUCCGUCGCUGACCUCGUCGCAAACGCGAAAGGAUAACGUGGAUAUGACAGCUGGUGACAACAGCGAAUGCGCGGCGAUCAGCAGCGAUCUCAGCAAUUCUCAGUUGCUGAUGCAGCAAGACCAGUGCUGUCCGGGAUUCACCAUGCCGAAGAGUAGCAAAAUGCGUCAUCAGGGGAACAGUUGUAUUAUUUUCUAGAGCAAAAGAUGGAGAUCGAUAAGACUAAUCUUUAGAGUUUGGCAUUAAGUCGUUUUAUGUGUAUUAUUUUCUCACUUGUUGUUAUUUAUCUUCUUUUUAAUACAUGAGAAAUAAAAAUAUCUCAUUAUUUUCUUUAAGGGAAAAAUCGAUUUUCAAAGAUCUAGAGGUUCCAUCGUGAAAGAAAUAUAAUAUAUGACCGUACAUUGUGUAUAACAUACAGAUAACAUUGUUGUUUUUAAAGUAACCUUGCAAUUAAAAGAUAUGGAAAAAUAUUCUUCAUCUAUUCCAUGUGAAAUAGAUUCUUUGGUAAAUUUUUAAGUAAAUAUUAAAGCAGUUCUUGUGUAUGUUACUUUGAUGCAAGACAAUUGAAUUAUUAUCGAUAGCACAUGAUUAUACUAACAAUAAAUGUACUUCACGCAUAUUUAAU